AUGAGUUGUUUCCAAACUUCAGCGAGCCAUUCCUGGAUUUAUCCCACUGUGAUCCUCUGCCUGUUUGGAUUCUUCUCCAUGAUGAGACCCUCAGAACCCUUCCUUAUGCUGUAUUUAUCUGGGCCAGAUAAAAACCUGACCAGUGAAGAGAUUACAAAUGAGAUCUUCCCCGUGUGGACAUACUCAUAUCUGGUGCUGCUGUUCCCAGUGUUUAUCCUCACCGAUUACGUCCGCUACAAGCCAGUCAUCAACCUACAAGGGAUCAGCUUCAUCAUUACCUGGCUGCUGCUCUUGUUUGGCCAAGGAGUGAAGACCAUGCAGGUCGUAGAGUUCUUCUAUGGGAUGGUCACUGCCACCGAGGUGGCCUACUAUGCCUACAUUUACAGCGUGGUCAGCCCAGAGCAUUAUCAGAAAGUGAGUGGCUACUGCAGGAGUGCCACGCUGGUGGCCUACACGGCGGCCUCAGUGCUGGCCCAACUCUUGGUAUCCCUGGCCAACCUAUCGUACUUUUACCUCAACGUCAUAUCCUUGGCCUCUGUCUCCAUGGCCUUCCUUUUCUCACUUUUCCUACCGAUGCCUAAGAAGAGCAUGUUUUUUCAUGCAAAACCCAGCAAAGAAGGUCCUCCAAAGCCACCAGGAAAGGAUGCUGUCUUAGAGGAACCUCAAAAGGAUCAUGAACCAGGUGGACAAGAAGUAGUCACUGUGUCAGGGAACCCAUAUGAUGGUCAUUGGAGCAGCCCAAAGCCAGAAAGUAUAGUUUUGAGAGUUUUUGUGCAGUGGUUACAAGAUUUAAAGGAGUGUUAUUCCUCAAAACAUCUUUUUUACUGGUCCCUAUGGUGGUCUUUUUCCACAGCAGGUUUUAACCAGGUUUUGAACUAUGUUCAAGUCCUGUGGGAUUACAAGGCACCAAGCCAGAGUUCCAUAAUAUAUAAUGGAGCAGUAGAAGCUAUUGCAACCUUUGGGGGGGCCCUGGCUGCCUUUGCAGUGGGUUAUGUGAAAGUCAACUGGGAUCUUCUGGGAGAGUUGGCUCUGGCCAUCUUCUCGGUUGUCAAUGCAGGCUCUCUAUUUCUCAUGCAUUACACGACCAGCAUAUGGGCAUGCUAUGCAGGCUUUUUGUUAUUCAAGACCGGCUAUAUGCUUCUUAUCACCAUAGCAGUGUUUCAGAUCGCAGUUAAUCUGAGUGUGGAACGCUACGCCCUGGUGUUUGGAAUCAACACCUUCAUCGCCCUGGUGAUUCAGACCGUUAUAACCGUGAUCGUAGUAGAUCAGGGAGGAUUGAGGCUGCCAGUCCACAUUCAGUUUUUAGUUUAUGGGAGUUAUUUUGCAGUCAUUGCUGGCAUUUUCCUAAUGCGAAGCAUAUUCAUUAUCUACUCAACCAAAUGCCGAAAGACAGUGCAGAGCUCUGCUACAAGUCAGAAUCCAUAUGGGCCACACCCAGAAGAACCAAAGAACAACUAA